AUACCGCAUCGCAUGUCAGAGUCUUCGUCCUGAAACAUCCACGUCAUUGUUUACAAAAAUAUUAGUUUUAAAGUUGGUUGAUGUAAAUUUUUUAAUAAAAAAAAUGACUUUGUUUUUCUAGAUUCUAGAAGUUUGUAACCGUUGUAUAUUUUUAUAUUCUUCAUCAAGAGAAAUAAAAUAAUUCGUAUUAUACAGUUAUGAAUUUUCACGUAGUGCGGCAACUGCGCUAUCGGCCUGUGCACGUGCGCUGAAAAGAUUCAAACGGGUAUGGCGCGAGACUGAACCCCACUUCAAGUCCGAAAAUAUACUUUUAACCAUUGUUGAAAAGCCAAAAGUCUGACACUCGCGGCGCGCCGCGCUCUAUUUUCAGUUUUAGUUUAGUUGCUCUUCGCGCCGUUCUACUCGCGCUUCGCAUCCGAAUUUGACUUCCACGUUUAACAAAAAUAUUUAUCAAAAUAAAAAAAAAUCAGAGUUCAUGGAAAAACAAGACGAAGUGACCAUAACGAAAGUUUCCGUCAAGAAAGAAAAUUUAAACGAUGAUAUCAAGGAAUUUGCGCAGAACGCAAUGAAUGAGUUACUUGGAUGGUACGGAUACGACAAUCCUCGAGAUGAUUUGAAGAUACAAAAAAACUGCAGAGCAUCACAUUCCGGAAGUAGUAGUUCCGGAAUAUCCCCAAAACCAUCAGAUGGAUGCGGUUGGUGUGGUAAAUCCAUUGAUGAUAAUACUGCCAUUUCUUCUGGUGCAUCAGUAUUCUGUUCCGAGCUCUGCUUCUCACAAUCCAGGAGAGCUAAUUUUAAGAAGAACAAGACUUGUGAUUGGUGCCGACAUGUUAGACAUACUAUAUCUUACGUAGAUUUUCAGGAUGGUGCAUCACAACUACAGUUCUGCUCUGACAAAUGCUUGAACCAAUAUAAAAUGUAUAUCUUCUGCAGAGAAACUAGAGCCCACCUGGACCUACAUCCGCAUUUACGAAUCGAAGAAAAUACGAGUGGAACCCUAAUUACUCCAGAUUUAUGGUUAAAAAAUUGCAAAUCUCCCGAAAUGCGAAGUCCUUCACCAGAAAUAUCUCCAAAACCACCUGAGAAAUCUCCCCAAACUAGUCCAAUUGUUCUAACUCAUCCAUCUAAAUUGAUAGAAAAUUCAGAAAGUAAGCGAAAUAGAAUGAAGGCCCAAAAAAGAACAAGAAAAAGAAUUCCCGCCACCAUAACUGGAACCAUUAACACUGAUACCAAUGACAGUUUUUUGAAAUCUCCUCCUGACGAUAUGCCUCAAGAUCUGAGGGUCAGACAUACUCCUACAGAUUUUGAGAAUAAAGAUUCCGAACGCGACACAAUUCCUCCAUUUAAACCAAUUAAGUUGCCAGUAGAACCUAGAAUACCUUCACCUAGAUCACCUCCAAAUCCAGAUCCAGAAUCUACUCAAGGAUCUCCUCCCAAUACAUUACGAAAACCUUUCGAAUCAUUGCUGCCCCCUCCUACUCUUAUUGUUCCUUACCCUAUUAUUAUACCAAUACCUAUUCCUAUACCUAUACCGAUACCUCUACCAAUUAAAAAAGAAGAAAAGAAAGUUGAAAGGACAGAAGUUUCCAGUCAGACAGAAGUAGAAGCAGAAAAACCAGUUGAAGUUAAUGGACAUGAUACGAACGGUAAAGACGAACCGAAGGUGCUUGAAAGGCCACUGAGAAAACGGAACAGGCCAUGUGAUGUGAAAGAAAGGAUGACUUUAAAACCAAAAAAACAAAUUUUAAGUAGUAAUUGAAGUUUUCCUAGGCAUUCAAAAAACCGUUUGAUUUUCAAAGUAACUGCGAUGGCUUUUAAAACUAGCCAAAAUUAUAUUAUAUUUUCUUUCAGAACACGCCUUUGUAUCAUUUUUAAGACAUUAACCGCCUAACUUUCAUUGUUAUUGUAAGGUACUUUAAAAGUUAUUCAACUUUUAUCAAUAUUGUGAAGUCAUAAACAUCAUUAUUGUCAAUUGACGUAUGUUACGCAGCUAUGACAUCUUUUUACGUUCUAGAUCUUACAUUGCAUCUUUCAGUUUACUAUUUGUUGUGAUUAACCAUUGUUCUUAUUUUAUAUAUGAUUAAUUAUGAAACACUCCGAAUAAUUAAUUUUUUUCAAAUCAUGUACAAUUCUACUAGCUUGUAAAUUUAAAUGCAAUAAAACAUUUUUUAUAUCAACUAUUAAGAAACUUUUUAGUAAAAAUAGAACGACAAAAAAUAUAGAUGUGUAGCAUAAAUUAUUUCUUAUAACGACGAAAUAAAACUCCAUCUCAACGUUUGUUAAAAGCUCAAUUAUCUAAAAUAUACGUGUAUUAAAACUGCUUGCACUUAUUUGCAAACCAUAUUUUUUUUACAAUCUAAUCAUUAAAUUAAAUUAAACAUGGAUAAAUUUUGAAGAUCGAACGGUUUGACAUUUUCAUACAGUAAAUACAUAGGUGUAAGUUAGUCCUUAUUAUUAUAGGACUCUUAUGGUUAAAUACCACAAAGAUAUUUAUUUGAUUUUUUAUUGGUUAACCGUCCAAAGUUAAAGGUGCUGCAACAUUGUUUUUAUUAUGAUAAUUUCAUUUUAAUGUUGUAAUUUAUUUUAUAUUGAUUAUGCGUGCACAAUAAAUAGAAAACAACAUAGAGAUAUGAAAAAAGGUCAAUGCUCACAAUCUUUAUUAAGGUGUUAAAAAAGGCGACCGGUUUAGAGGCUUACAUUUUAUGCCUCAUCUUCAGGCCCAGUGUAAUAGUUUGUUUUUUAAAAACAAACUCUUGAACUGUACAUAUCAAGCUGUUUUUUACAAAGAGUUUACAAAGAGUUUGUUUUACAAUAUAAACUCUUACACUGGGCCUGAAGAUGAGGCAAAAAAUGUAAGCCUCGAAACCGGUCGCCUUCUUUAACACCUUAAUAAAGGACUAAGUUUUCAAUCUAAUAGCACAUAAAACAACACCAAAAAAUGCUGUUCCACAUCCUACCAGACUGAAAACAAUGGGAACCUUCUCUGGUAACACCUACGAGGCUUCUACAAUUUGCAAGCCAUAACGGAUGCUGAGACUAAGGAAAAUGAGGGAAUUUUACAAUUUAUAAUACACGUCCCAUCUGCCCAGCGCGGUAAAGUUCCAACGAGAAUGGUUCCCUUCGUACUCCAAUCAGAGUAAACAUGUAAAUAAAAAAUGAAUAACUAUUUUCAAUUUCGUUGCAACACGAAACUACAGACGCAUCAUUAUUCCAGUUCAAUCAGAGAGUGCAGCAAGCACCUCUACCGGUUUCGAAACUUAUUAGUCUCUCAUCAGGAGGCACAUAUGCUGCUCUCUCUGACCCAACUAAGACAAACCCCGGUGUGCAGUCACGGAUUGCAACGAACGAAAUGGCAGGGAUGCCAGAGCGGCAACUGCUAGCAAAAGACUAAGUUUUCAAUCUAAUAGCACAUAAAACAACACCAAAAAAUGCUGUUCCACAUCCUACCAGACUGAAAACAAUGGGAACCUUCUCUGGUAACAUCUCCGAGGCUUCUACAAUUUGCAAGCCAUAACGGAUGCUGAGACUAAGGAAGAUGAGGGAAUCUCAUCUGAGGGAAAGGUCAUGAAGAAGAUAUAUGUACAUGAAGAAGUUGUAAGUAAAGUAAAACUGUAAAUAUUGCAGAGGAUUUUUGCAGUUUGAGCGGCGUAAUGCCACGGUUAAAUUUUGUUGAUUAAACUACAUAUUAUAUUAUACAUUAUAUUUAUAUUAUACUACAUACCCUUAUCUGUUCUUAUACAGUCGGAAAAAUGAAAGAAUACCCAUGAAAUAACAUAUAAAACACGCUGUAUUUUCCUGUCACCGUGUCAUAAAGAAAAUUGUCCAGUGCAAGUACAUGUAACAAUAAUUAUUACAUGUACUUGAGCUGGCCAAUUUUUUGUCUGACACGCUGACAGGAAAAUACAGCGUGUUUUAUAUGUUCGUUCAUGGGUAUUCUUUUAUUUUUCCUACUGUAGUUAUUGUGCACACAUUACAAUUAAAUCGGUGUUAUAAAUAAUGUUAAAAGUAUAUUGGUUUAUUUAUUAUCAUCAUCAGCCCAUAGUUCCACUGCUGAACAUAGGCCUCCUCGAACAACUUCCAUUCAGAUGUUUAUUUAUACAUUUAAACAAAUGUCUUCAUUAUGUCUUAAUAAUAUGGGAAGAAUUUUGAAAGCAUUGUGAAACAAUACUUUGAAAUAUUUUUAUUUUUUAACUAUUUGCUAUAUUUUUUGACUUAUAUUUUGUGUGCUGUAUUUAUAUUUAUAAAUUUAAUAAUCUUAUGUAAUUAAUAUAAUUAGACAAGGCGAAAACGGCAAGUCCGUUAGAAAAAAUAUUCCUAACACAUUUUUUUUUUAAGUUUUUUCGACCAUUCUGGACUAAAAAGGUCUCUUAUAAUAAAUGUUCUCUAAAGUUGCUCGUUUUCGAGUUAUAAGCAAUUUAGAAUUGAAAACACGAAAAAUGGCGAUUUUUAAGGCUUAAUAACUCGGUUAAAAAUUAUUAUUAUGAAAUUCAGAAAGUGACUAAAUCAAAGAUUAAAGCCUCCACUACAUGAUCGUGAAGAAAUUUGUGUCAUUAAUUUAUUACCACGCUGUUAUUUUUAAUUAUUAGAGGAAUUGGUCCGAAUAUGGGCCCCCUAUUUGUUUUUUUAUCGAAACUUGCUUAUAUAUUUUUAUAAUAAUGUCUAAAUGGCAUUUAUACAUGCUACAAGACAUUAGCAAAAAAACUGCUAACUAUGUAUUUUUUAUUAUAAAGUUUAUUUAUUUUAUAGGUAACAAUAUGAAGUGGGGCAUAUUUUUCUAACCAGGCCAGGCUGUCUGAAAUAUGGGCCCCACUCAAAAACUAGCAAAAUUCUCUUUUGAUAACAAAAAUAUGAAUUAACUUAGCCAACAAUUUAUGUUUAAGGAAUAAUAAACAUAUCUCUGAAAAAAUAAAAUAAAAUUAUCUACAAAAAUCGCAAACGUAAGAGUAUUUUUAGCUCGAGCACACUGUUCAUCUGCCCAGAGAUUGGACAUUAAAAAUUGAACCAAUGUUACUCCUAUAAUAUCACCAGAAAUCUGUUUUUCACAAAAUAGACAUGUGGCGUCAUUGCUUUCAGGAGAAUACUGUCCUAUUUGUGCUAUGUCAAGGUCUUCAUCAGCGGCAAACAUUCCUCUUUCUCUUCUUCAUUCAAACUGAAUUUGGUUUUGUUUUUUCUCUUGGGUUUCUGUAUAUUUUAUUUCGACUUUAGCGCAGAAACUCUUCGCUUCCCCUUUCCUUCCUUUAUCUUUUCAUUUUAUUUUGAUUCAAUUGAAAAUACUUUUCUCUUUCCCUUCCCUUCUUUUGAUUUUCUUAUAUUCUCAAUUGAUAAUUCAAGGCUUGAUUUGUACGGAGAUGAAGUUAUAACUUGAGACUGAGAAGUUUUCCUUCUUCAAAGACGCUCGCUUCGUAACUGAUGGGACAGGUGAAAAAACGCAUGUUGUGAUCCUUAAUGGUCGAUCUGGGUCUUUAGAAUGACCUGGUCAUUGAUCUUCUGAACGAACUGUUAUAUUUUCUGAAGAAAUCGUUUUUGCAAGGUCACUUGUCAAUCCUUUCAAAUAAGUUUCAGUCGAGUUACAUGUUUUCUCAGAAUCAAGUUUCUCAGCACUGAAAUCAGCACCAGAAAAAAUGGUUAUAUUUAUUGGCCCUAUUCUUGUUACUUUAAACCCAUUCUUAGUUAUCUCUGCGGUCUGGGAUUUUAGAAAUGCUUUUUCCAUCAGUUCUGCUAGAUCUAUGCAGGCGGUCCGAAUAUGGGCCCCUAGCCCAUAUUUACGUCACACAAGGGGCCCAUAUUUCAAAAUAUGUACGUCCAAGAAGAAUGUAAGCUUAUGAUUUUGUAACUAUUUAUUGUUCCUAAUCUACAUUUAAACCUCUUUCCUCCUUUUUUCUGUCACACAAGCAUAAUAUAUCAAUUCCUAAAUAAAGUCAAUAAACACAAAUAUCACGUAAUAUAAACUUACCCAAUAAAAUAUUUUCAAGAGUCAAAAUCAAACGGUCUACACUGUAUAACAACAAUAUAUGUACUGGUCGAGGAAUCUGUAAAUAUAUGACAAAAGAGGGACCUUCUAGUAUAUUUGGGCAUUUUCUAACAGAUAGCUCUACUUGUUUCAUAGAUAUUGUGGGGGCCCAUAUUAAAUACAUAGCCCAUAUUCGGACCAGUUCCUCUAAUAAUGAGCCGUAAGAUCGCAUUGACGCGGCUGUAAAUGUGAGUGCGAGUAAGAUACACCAUUAACUGCCGGAACGGCAUCUCUCUCGCACUCAUCAUUGCCGGCUGCCUAAUACGUGCAUGGUGCUCAUUAUUUUUACUUAAAAUAACAGCUUAGUAAUAAAAUAAUGACAAAAAUUUCUUCAGGAUCUUGUAGGGCGGGCUUUAAAGUUUUAUUUGAUCACUUUCUAACUUUUAUAAUAACUUUAAACCGAGUUAUUAAGCCUUAAAAAUCGCCAUUUUUCGUUUUUUUCAAUUUUAAAUUGCUUAUAAUUAGAAAACGAGCAACUUUAGAGAAAAAUUAUAGGAGAUCUUUUUUGUCCAGAAUGGUCCAAAAAACCUAAAAAAAAUGUGUCCGGGUAGAAAAUAUUAAUUUUUGCAAUUUGAUUAAAAAAAAAUUGAAAAAAAAAAAUUUGGACCACUUUUCAAGUGGGCGACUUCUUGAACCUUAUUCUGGGAUGUCUCACGAAUAUGAUUAUGCAAAAAAAUCUCAUUUGAAUAUUUUUUCCAACGAACCCGCCGGUUUCGCCUUGUCUAAAUGUAACUAAUAGACAUAUCCCAAUAUUGCUAAAAAUCGUUUGCUCAAAACUGUAGCUGGCAUUUAAAUUUGUAAUCAUGUUUGUGUAUUUAAGUCAUAUGGAAAUUCAGAAGUUCUUUUACGCUUUGACUUUCAAAUGUGAAAUACUGGAAGGGCCGUUUUCUGUUGGUUCUGUUGUUUUUCUAUAGUAGUAAUUUGACUUAGUUUAAGAUUAAAAUUUUCGUGAAUUUGAGAUAAACCAUUUAUGAUUUCUCUUUCUCUUCUCCUGGUCAUUCUUAAGUACUUUUCUGAUGCUGACUUCCCAAGGUUUCUUAGUGUUACCUCUCGGCAAGUCUACAUUCUGGCCCUUCUUCCCAUCUUUUUACGGUUUGCUUGUGGGAGUGACAUAUAUUUGGCAAUUUCCGCGAUUGUUGUAGUUGACCAGCCAAAAAGAUCACCAGGUCCUAAAAUUCUUAAGCCUGCUAUCUUCCUAGCUAGCUGGUCAAUCAUGUCAGCAAUUAUAAUUAGAUAUUUCUACUAUAAAGUGAGGUUAUAAAUUUAUUUCAAAUUAUUGUUCAACACGAAUAAAUCUGAAUAAAUGUGAUCUAGUCCUUUUAAAACAAAUAUACAUGAAGUCUAUAGCAGUAUUUUAAAUAGCGACGUACAUCAAGAAAUUUGAAUAUUAGCAUAUUUAUCUAAAUGUAUUUACAUAAAUUGCUUUUCAAAAUUCUUGGAGCACUUUCUUAAUUUCUGUAUUCAAUCACAGAAUGUAUUAUUUUUAUAGUUGUGAUUUUUUACGAAUUAUGUUAGUUAGACAAUUUGCAUAGGAACAUACUAUGUAUUAUGUAUAUUAUUGUUUUAUCUUUAUUGUG